AUCGGCGCCGAGGACGUAGACGUUGGACUUAUAAAUGACAAGGUGACAGCUCGCCCCGGCCCACAUUCACUGACUGCCGCUGUGCGCGAGAGCAGCUAACCCGGACCCUCCGAAACCCCUCACAAACCGGUCGAGCCAUGUACGCCUGCGCCAAGUUUGUCACUUCCCCCGCUGUGCUGCGUGGAGGGUCCAGAGUCCUCGCCCGGCCAGUCUCAGUGUCCCUGUACAGACCCCAGCCCACAGAGCAGCAGGCCCUGGUGCCCGUGAGCCAGUCGCCCGUGUCUCUGCGCUCGUUCCAGACCAGCGCCGUGUCCAGGGACAUCGACACCGCCGCCAAGUUCAUCGGAGCAGGAGCCGCCACAGUGGGAGUGGCCGGCUCAGGGGCAGGGAUCGGGACGGUGUUCGGCAGCCUCAUCAUCGGAUACGCCAGGAACCCGUCCCUGAAGCAGCAGCUCUUCUCUUAUGCCAUCCUGGGCUUCGCUCUGUCUGAGGCCAUGGGGCUCUUCUGUCUGAUGGUGGCGUUCUUGAUCCUGUUCGCCAUGUAACCCGGGCACGGUGCCGCCCCUCCUCCUCCUCCUCCUCCUCCUCCGCCGCACUGCCCCGGCUGACCCCCCCCGCCCUCCCGCGCUCCUCCUGAAGGCUCCCGGGACGGGCUCUGGGGCAGCCGCGGGCCAUUCCAGUCUACAGAUCCAACACACAUCAGUGCCGAGCAAAGGCCUGAAAAUACAUUUUUAUGUUCCACUACUUUUUGUGUUCUCAAGAUGAUGUAAGACCUCACUUCGGUUUAAAGUCUGUCCAAAAAAAAUAAAUGCUUGGGAUAACUAAA